AUGAGUACGCCCCUCCAGAAUCACUACUGCGGCAUCUGCGAUGGUCCGCUGAGCUCGCUACACCUCCGCAACAUCUCCACCAUCCAGCCAGGCGAUAACGCAUCGCGAUGCCGCAACAACCGCUGCAACUGCCCCGCCAGCUCUGAAGACGGCGCUCUCGUAUCGGAGAAGGAUAUAGAGUGGCUCGACGACGUCAUUAUGCUGUCCCCUUACCAUGACACAUGCUAUGUGUCUGGAGUUGGCACUUUCGAUCCGGGCCACGGCAUCUUCGUUUGUGAAGGCAAAAACGGAUACAAGAUCCGCGUUCUAGUCCCAACCAGGGGCACCACGUUCUUCAUACACUGUUCAAAGGUACUUCAUACGGUUUACGUAAAAUCUGGUCGGGAGUGCAGCUUCAACGACCUCGUUAAGCGCUUCGGCUCAGUUAAGAUUAUGCAAACACACCUCCGUGAUGGGAUCGAUGGCUGGGGAAACCAUCCUAGGCUGUAUGGCAGUGCGGAGGAAUUCCACGGCGAAUCAGGCUGGAAGCCGAUCCCGGGAAGAGAGUGUUUUGUCGCAGAUCCGCUGGAACAGCACGACUUCCGGGCAUUGGUUGAGGAGACGGUACUCGCAGAGCCUACCAGUCCGGCCGAAACCGAAGAGUCUCAUACGGAGAUGGCCAGCGAGAUGGAUAACGAUGGCAACGGAACCGAGCCUGAGGAUGAGCCUGAAGACGAGGCGCUCGACAAGGAAGAGAUGGAAAAUGCGAUGGCGCACCUGCGCAAUCUCCACAAAUCCCUCGGCGACGAGCUCACAACCUUAUGCAAUGAUCUUUGGAUGGAGCGACUAGCCGACGACGACCACAUAGGACUCAUCAGUGACUUACAGACCCGCAUAGCACACAGUCUUCCUUGGUUUCACGCACACACUUGGGAUCUGGUAAUGGCCAUAAGAAUGGUGAUGGGAAGCAAGGAGGGAAGGAUUGUGAACAUCUUAGGCAUCCCCGCCCUUUUGGAGCAACUGUCUGAGGUUCCGAAAGUGGAUGACACAGUUAGAACGGACUAUCUUGGACUGGUUAAUAGAGCCAGAGUCUGGAAGCGAUGUCAGGCAAUUGUGGAAAAGCUUCACGAGGAGACUUAG